AUGCGUCGUCUGCUGCGGGGACAAUGCCUGCUGACGUCGGCUUUGGCUCCUAGACUGAACGGUAGCAGCCCUUAUGGAGGUGCAGUACGAUAUAACUCCGCAUUAUCCACCGACCAUUUUGCACAGCUAGCGAGCCGUCAGUCCUCCCGGCACCAGAUUUACCAGUCGCUAUCAUCCGAUCCAUAUCUGAAUCUGUCCAUCGAGCAUUUCUUGCUGGAGCAUGCUCCAGUCGACAGCAGCAUUCUCUUCUUGUACGUCAAUCGGCCAUGCGUUGUCAUCGGACGCAAUCAGAACCCAUGGCUCGAGACCAACCUCGAAGCACUUUAUAAUGACCGCGUGGAAGUUGGAGAAGGGGACAACGAGAGUGAAGACGUACUACUGGUUCGACGCAGAUCGGGCGGAGGAGCUGUAUUUCACGACCUGGGGAAUCUGAAUUACAGUGUGAUUUCGCCGCGCACCACUUUUACUCGCAACAAACAUGCGGAGAUGGUUGUACAGGCUCUACACAAUAUCGGGGCGACCAACACCAGUGUUAAUGACCGACAUGACAUUGUCAUGACCUCCGAGCCAAGCGAGCAGGGAGGGCCUGGCACAUCGCUGCCUCGGAAAAUCUCUGGUUCAGCAUUCAAAUUGACAAGGCAUCGAGCACUACAUCAUGGGACUUGCUUGUUAGAUUCCCCCAAUAUCAACGAUUUGGGGUUCUUCCUACGUUCGCCUGCCCGUGACUAUAUAAAGGCCAAAGGCGUGGAGAGUGUGCGGUCACCAGUGACCAAUGUCUCGACCGCCUUUGAGAAUGCGUUUGCUCCCUUCUCGAUACAAGCGGUGAUGGAGGGCAUUAUGGAGCAAUUUGCUCGACUGUAUCAGGUUAGUCCUGACGCUGUCCGUCGGGCGCAGCGUGCUCACGCCAACGAGCCUGAGCUGUACGCUGGAGCCGACUGGGUGGCCGGUGUUGUAGGAGCGCAGGAAGGAUAUGGAGAGCUGGAGAUUAGAAAAGGCAUUGACGAGCUUCGGUCGUUGGAGUGGAAGUACACUCAGACACCACAGUUCACCUUUUCCACGUUCCCUUUCGAGGAGGAUCCGCGCCAAAGACCCGCAUUGCCAGAGUCACUGCCUCCCUCAACCAGAGUAUUUCUCCGCCUCAAGCAUGGUGCGAUCAUUGAGAGUGAAAUUUCAGUCUCAUCUGAUCCAAACGUGGCAUCCGAGCAAGCACGCCGAGUGCAUGAAGUAUUGAAUGGACGGAAGCUUCACGAAAUCCAGUCGAGCCAGUGGGACAACCUACUUACUGACCGUCUCGGCGGAGACGUUGAGGCGAUAGUCGCGCAUGAGCUUGCAAAAUUCAUUGGAAGCAAGCUAUGCUCCUAG